CUUCCGUUUCCCCCCCUUCCCCGCGCGUGCGUCAUCGCCCGGCGCGAGGCGUUUCCCGUGGUGCCCCGCGGCGCGGCGUUCGCGGCGGACAAGAUGGCCGCCUACGGCGAGGACGGGGAGGCCCCGUCGCCGCCGCCCGGCCCCGGCGGCGGCGUGAACGUCUUCGCCAACGACGGCAGCUUCCUAGAGCUCUUCAAGCGCAAGAUGGAGGCGGAGCAGCAGCGCGAGCGCGAGGCGGCGGCGGCGGCCGAGGCCCCCGGCGGCGCCGGUACCGGGCCCGGCCCGCACCGCUCGGCCGACGGCCAGAAGAGGAGCGGCGGCGCGCCCAGCUUCGUGGGCAGGCGGCGAGGCGGGAACAAGCUCGCCCUGAAGACGGGGGUGGUAGCCAAGAAGCAAAAGACCGAAGAGGAGGUUUUGACAAGUAAAGGCGACGCCUGGGCCAAGUACAUGGCGGAGGUGAAAAAGUACAAAGCGCACCAGUGCAGCGACGACGACAAAACCCGGCCCCUGGUGAAAUAGCCUCUCCGCGGCGCCCGCACGGACUCUUUCCCUGUUGUACAUACUUAUUUAAGCAGCGGCGGAGGCUCGCGGCUCCCGCAGACGGCCACCACGUGCUCCCAGCGGCUUGUUCGAGGUGUUUUUAUAUGUAAAAAAAAAUAUAUAUAUAUAUCUCUCUCUUUCUUUCUCUGUCGCGCACGCGUGGGGACGUUGCCGAGUCUGCUGUUCACUGACUCGAUCCUUUUUCCGUUCCGCUGGGAAUCGUGGGUGCCGGGCUGGCCGUAGCGCUCCGCACCGGGAAGGCGGUGGCCCCCCCGGCGGCCGGGGCCCCCCCUGCUCAUGUUGUUAAAGACCUCGGUGUUUCGGAGCCACUAACGGCUCCCGGGGUGGUCUUGGCACGGGGGCUGUGACGUGGCGGCGGUCUCACCCUUGUGCUGCCUUCGCUGUCACCCCCUGGGGUUGUUUUACCCCCCCGUAGGUACCCGGUGGGGUUGUGACAAGCUCCGGCUGUUCUUCCCCCUUGCUCGGACUGUCCCGAAAUUGCCCGGUGCUUCCCGGCGCCCGGAGCAUUAAACCCGGCUCCCCCCUGGCCAGGCGCCGCAGUCCCGUUUUUCCCCCUGCGGCGGCUCCAGGUGGGAGCUGCCGCCGCUGCCCGCGCCUCCCGGCCCCUCCGGCCGCGGCCCCGCGCGGAGCACGGACUCGCCCGGCUUCCAGCUCUUGCAGCCGCGAAAGCUCCUUUAUUCCGAAGGCCCUUCACAAACCUCCGCCCGCUCCGGCUCUUGUUUUGGAAUAAAAUCCUCUUGCAAACAGA